UAAGUAAUGUUUUAUAUAACUUAAUAAUUGUCUUUUUCAUCAAAUUUUAUUAGAUAUAAUAAUAAUAAUAAUAAUAAUAAGUUGAAGUCACUUUGGUUAAGCCACUUAAAGGUACGGUACAAGUCAAGAUCAGGAUGACACCACCUCCGCCUCAUAAUGUCUACUGUUAUUUCCCAUAAAACGCAACAAGCUAAACAGCACAGACAGUUAUCGCCAAAAUAAAAACACAUAAAACAAAGAUCCUAUGUGAUCAGCCUAUAGCCUAUGGGCUGUUUGGUGUAACAAUGGACCGAGUUCCACAUCUUUCCCCUCACCAAACACAUAAAUACGAUUACGAUUCUCAUGUAUUCGAUUCGAUUUCACAAUGUGGCUGCCACAGAUCUUAUAUUAUUUUAUGUGACUAAUUAUAUAUUGAUAUUUGAUAAUACAUGUACCAAAGUAAUGCAUGAGUCCCGCUCUUGACUUAGGGCAGAGCUACAUAGGCAGUGCGUUUUUAUUUUUUUUUAUGUAAAUUAUUUUUUUGUAAACACCAAAAAACAACAGCAAUAUAUCGAUGAAUGGCAUCAGAAAACCAGCAGUAGGUUAUAAUCGAUUAUGGUCUAGUACUGCUGAAGUGUCAAUGUCUGCAUUGCGAAGCAUCGUAAAAAUAUUUAUUUUAGCACCUCUAUAUGCUAAAUUUAAUUUAUCGUUUAAGUGUCUAUAGAUGGAUAAUACAACUAACGUAUUAAAAUACUAACAAGGAAGUAUCUGGUUUUGACUGAGGUUGAUGCAAAAAGUUCAGUAUAGAGUUUAUUUUUUAUUUGUUUGUCUGUUAAUUAAUGAUGGUAUUCCUUACUGCUGAAAUGCAUGAUAAUUUGUUUUAAUGUUUAAAAAUAUAACAAAGGCCCAUGCAUUGGCAUUAUUCCACAACAUCUUUGUAAAUAUAUGUAAAUGUUUUAGAGAUCCAUAUGGACUCCUCUUAUUUUGCAGCUACUUGUGACGCUAAAUAAUGGCAUACCACAGAAACUGGAGGAAACGUCAUGCUGAAGUGCUGUCUCUUGCAGAUGAUGAUUCAAAUAGCAGUGAUACAGAUGGGUUACUGAGGGCUCGGUUCAGUGAGGAUGAAACUGAUUCUUUGCCACCUUCAGCCGAUGGCAACAUUUCAGAUUAUGACUCUGAUGCGUUAGUGCUGUCUUCUGACACUGACUCUGAGGUUGCUGACUAUUUGUGUGAUGAUUCUGCAGAGGAAACUGCUCCUGAUCUGGGAGAGGAAAUUGCAGCAUGGGCAGCUACCAACAAAUGCAAGCGAUCUGGACUAAAUGAACUACUAGAUAUUCUAAGGCGCCAAGGACAUCGCCUCCCCAAGGAUGCCAGAACCCUGCUGAAAACCCCUAAAAGAGUGGAAGUAGUUGAUCUGUGUGGUGGACAAUAUGCCUACUUUGGUAUUGCAUCAGGAGUACUGAAGGUUUUAUCCCAGAAUCCUGUUUUCCAUGAAGACCGAAUAGAUAUGUGCUUUAACAUUGAUGGCAUUCCAUUAUUUAAAUCAUCAAGUCUGCAAAUGUGGCCAAUCCUGUGCAGUUUCCAUGAUUUUGCACCCUUCAUUGUGGCACUCUAUUGUGGAAAAGCAAAACCGAGCCCAGUUAAAGAUUACCUCUCUGAUUUUCUACAGGAGUUGCAGCAACUUAUGCAAGAUGGCAUAGUCCAUGGAGAGAAAGCCCUGCAAGUGACUGCAAAAUCCUUUGUUUGUGAUGCACCAGCUCGAUCAUUCCUGAAAUGCAUAAAGAAUCACAAUAGCUACUUCGCAUGUGAGCGCUGCACAGUUAAAGGCACCUAUGUGGGACGAGUUGUUCUUGGUGCUACAUCGCCUGGUGUUGUUGCAAGGUCUGAAGCAGAUUUCAGUAGACUUGCCUACAAAGACCAUCAAAUUGAGAAAUCCCCACUGACACUAGCUGGAAUUCCAUGUGUUCGGCCAUUUGCAUUGGACUACAUGCACUUGGUGUGUUUGGGUGUAGUUAGGAGAAUGCUUCACUACAUGCAGAGAGGACCCCACACAUGCAGACUGUCAUUUCAGCAAAGGAGUGACAUUUCAGAUAAACUAAAGGCAUUGAAUGGAGAACUACCUAGUGAGUUUGCACGGCAACCUAGGACUUUACUGGAAUUGGACAGAUGGAAGGCUACAGAACUUAGACAGUUUCUCCUUUAUACUGGACCAGUGGUUCUAAGAAAAGUGGUUUCACAUGCUGUAUACAAACACUUUCUUUCCUUGAUGGUUGCGGUGUCCGUCCUUUUGAAUUCGGAUGAUGCAGACCGUAAGGAACACUUAGACUAUGCUCGAGAGCUACUCAUGUACUAUGUGAAGAAGUGUGAGGCUAUAUAUGGAAACACCUUCGCUGUAUACAAUGUUCAUUCACUAAUUCACUUACCAGAUGAUGUGGAACACUUCAACUGUUCACUGAAUGGGAUUUCAUGCUUUCCAUUUGAGAACUACCUGCAGACUCUAAAGAAAAUGGUCAGACAAUCUCGCAAUCCUAUAGCCCAAGUUGCCAAGCGUCUAGCAGAAAUUGAAAAUUCUACAAAAUCUAGGCCUUUUACCAAAGAGAGCUUUACUCGCAUAUCCACAAGGCCAAGAGAUUGUUGUUUCAUCCUUCAGAACAAGGACUAUGUCUUUGUGAAGGAAAUGCAUGAAGAUGGCACCUUGGUUUGCGAUGUGCUACACCAAUGCAACACAGAGAGUUUCUUCACUGAUCCUUGUGAUUCUAAACUGCUCCACAUCGUCCGUGUUAGAGAUAUCAGCAGAACUAGACGUCGACUGAUCAGCAAACAGCAGUUGAUUCGUAAAGUUGUCUGUCUGCCAGCCAACCCUGGUGAAGCUGACACAGGAUUCAUUUUGUUCCCCAUGUUGCAUGAAAUAGAACGUAACUGAAUUGUACAUGAUGUGGGUCAGGGCGGUUUGGAAAGAGCCAAAUGGAGAGGAGGAGGGAGUCAUCCCCGAGGUUUGGGUGAAGGACAACAUGGUACACUGGCCACCAGGGGCUAAUGUAACUAAAGCAGCUAAAGAGAUGCGAACGCCAAC